CUCAACCUCAAUCUCCUCUUCCUCUGCUUUCUUCUAAAAGGAAAAAGGAAGAAGAAAAAAAAAGAGAGAAAAAAGAUUAACUUUCACUCCGAUUAACCCGCAUUCUCCCUCUCCCCAAUAUGUCGAAUUCAAAACAAAGAAUGCUCGAGAGCCGAAUACAAAAUGGAAGUCUCGAAGCUGUGUCAGGUCUAAUGUCCGACCAAGCUGGGCAUAGUACAACAACAACAACAACCACCACUUUUAUGAACGAUGUAAAAGCAACACAAAACUCAAACAUUUCUUUACCUUUACCUCUUCAAUCAAAUCAAAUCCCAGCUUUUACUGCCAUUUUCAAAUCGAAUACCAUAGCACCUUCACCCCCUCACAGCAGAUCCACUUCAACAAACGAACCAUACACCCCACUCGCGCUUGACACCUCUUCUCGUCUUCACCCAAUUAUAGAUUCGUCAUAUAGUCAAAUUCCGAGUCCUCUAAGCGCGGGUCUGCGAAUACAAACCGAUAUCGUUCCAGGUCAUACACUCACAUCUGCGAGUACGGGAACCGGAAUUAGUGAGCGCGAAUCUUCCGAUACUAUACGAAUUCCAUCAAGAUCCGGUGGACAGAUAGGAAUGUCUCUCGCGCGAACUCCGAGUGUGAAGAAUGUCCUGGCGAGUAGUAUAGGUAGCAACGGUUCGGCGCCAAACUCAGCAUUAUCCUCACCAAUGUUGAACGCAAUGGCAGACGUUACCCCUCUACCCUCACCACUCAUGUCGGGAGAUUCACCUGGACCAUGGAAACGAUUGAACUCGAGACGAACAUCCCGCGAGCAAAUGCUACCUAUACAUCCGGAUUCGGCUCUGAUCACAUCAAAUGGUGAAUCGGUUUCUUCUGCGAUGGCAAACCAACAAAAGAGAAGGGCAUAUCAUGGAUUAAUAACAACUGCUGCCGAAUCCGGGUUGACGGAAGCUCAAAUAAAUCGAAAAAAGAACGCAGAAGGACAUACCAGGAAUAGAAGCAUGAGCGAAUAUGUACCGGAAGCUUCUCAAGCACCCAAACCUCGAAACGUCACUGUAUCGGGUUCACAUGCUCCAAUGAUGGAUGGCGCGGUAGAUGGUCCACAAUCAGACAUGCAUAUGCGGAGAGAACCACAUUUAGCAGUUCAACGAGGAUUGGCUCCCAUACCAAGACCACCAACCCCACCAUCGAGUCGAACAGGAGGGGAAAGUAGUGAUAGUGAUUCAUCAUUGACCACUACCAGCAUUCCUAGAGCUCUUCGCAAAUCGAGAUAUGAAUACUUUGAUGCGUAUACUAGAAAUGAUUCUAAACGACGAAGAUGGAGAGGUAUAAAAGUUUUGGGUCAAGGCACUUUCAGCAAAGUGAUUUUGGCUACCAGUCAAGUCCAAGAUGAUGAAGGUCGCAUUGAUGAAGAUAAUGUGUUCGGAAUUGAAUCGAUUGUUACACCUGUUGAGACAAAAGUCGACCGGAAAAAAUUGGUAGCGAUUAAGAUUUGUGAACAUGGUCCGAAAGGAGGGGCGUCUGAAGAAAGAGUAGAAAUGUCACUCAAACGUGAAUUGGAAAUCAUGAAAUCGAUACAUCAUCCUUCAUUGGUUCACCUCAAAGCUUGGAGCAUAGAAGAGACAAGAGCCAUUUUGGUUUUAAGUUAUUGUCCCGGUGGAGAUUUAUUUGAAGUGGCCAGUCAGCAUCGAGAUAUUCUUGUCCCAUCGUUACUUAGACGGAUGUUUGCAGAGCUGAUUGGUGCUGUUCAAUAUUUGCACGAUAGACGUAUUGUUCACCGGGAUAUCAAAUUAGAAAAUGUCUUGGUCAACCUUCCUCAACAUGAACUUGCCAAACCUCAAGACUGGACUAAAUACCCUUACUCCAUCAUUACCCUCACCGAUCUCGGUCUCUCUCGCCGCGUAGCCGAUGAUGAAAAACUUACUACCCGUUGUGGAUCAGAUGAUUAUGCUGCCCCGGAAGUUAUCAUGGGUCAACCAUAUGAUGGACGCGCUACUGAUGCUUGGUCUCUGGGUGUCUUACUUUAUGCAUUACUGGAAAGUAGAUUACCAUUCGAUCCUAAUCCCGGAAUGCCAGAAGGACACAAACAACGCAGUCGAACAAGUCAUCGAAUUGCACGAGUUGAAUGGAGAUGGAUUGAAUAUUUCGGUGAAGAGGGAGAUCAUGAAAGUGACCCGGAUAAAUUCAAGGAAAAGGGAUUGUUAGGUGCAAUGGAGAUUACAGAGGGAUUGUUGAAGAGAGCAAGGAGUAGAUGGACAUUGGAAAAGGUUCAGGAGAAUGAGUGGGUCAAAGGAGGUGUUGAUGUGGAGGGUGGUGUCAAAUGGAGAGAAGAGGUGAUUCCUGAGGAGGUCAGAGGUGGUGGGGAAUUUUGAAGGGCGGAUUGACUUGAAAUGUCGACAUGCAACCUCAAUCUUCCCUGCAUGAUCCCGGCAUUGAUUUUAGCCUCGACUUGAGUUGACCGAUUGGUUAUUUGCUUCGUUGUUUACAUGACAAUCUCUUCUUUUCACGUUCUAUUAUCAAAACAGCAAAGAUCGAGAUUUGACCUCUUUUUUUCUUCUCUUCACGUGAGUUUUGCUUGCGCUUGUAUUACGAUGUUUUUGAUGGAGAACUUGCAUGCAUGGUUUCUAGCAUGGUGUUUAUGGAUUUUGGUUUGGGGUUUAGAGGGCUGGACAGAUGGAAGUACGAGGGUACGAAUGUAUAUGUUACCAUUCGAUUCAGUUCCACGGAUGUUUUGUUUAUAUAAUAGGGAUUUGGGUGGGGAGGAACGGGAUGGGAUUUGAGGGAGUGUCGGAUUUGUGUAUAUUAUUUGGGAUCGGGAAACAGGGUGGAUGGGAUGAUGUUG